UAUGGCGGGAAAAUGUCCGUAUGGUCCUCACUCCGCCUUACCCCAAUAUAAAACCCUAAUUGCUCUCCACUACAUAUAUACUCCAAACUCCCUCUUUCUCUCUCGCUCCUCCGUCACCGCCGUGUCUGAUUGGGCUACUUCAGCCGUAUUCGCUUCGCUCUCACGUGAACCUUCACAAUUUCUGGAACGGAUCGUGAAACUCCGAAGCCAGAAAUCGGAGUUUUCCUAGCGGAAAUGGACCCUGCCUUUGCCGAUGAAGUUGAUGAAGCUGAGCAGGCUAUUACCAUCGGCGAGUACAUUGAGGAAGAAGAGGAACGGGAGCUGGUAGCCGAUUUAAUUUUGGGGGGUGAUGCUGGCAAGGAGUGUACCUAUAACAAAGGUUAUAUGAAAAGGCAGGCAAUUUUCUCUUGCCUUACCUGCACCCCAGAUGGGAAUGCUGGAGUUUGCACAGCUUGCUCAUUGUCUUGCCAUGAUGGUCAUCAGGUUGUGGAACUAUGGACAAAAAGAAACUUCAGGUGUGAUUGUGGGAAUUCAAAGUUUGGUGAAUUUUACUGCAAGAUUUUCCCAAGUAAAGAUGUGGAGAAUUCUGAGAAUGCAUACAAUCACAACUUCAAAGGUUUGUAUUGCACUUGUGGCCUCCCUUAUCCAGGUCUAGAUGUUGAAGAACAAGUAGAGAUGAUACAGUGCUGUCUGUGUGAGGACUGGUUUCAUGUGGAGCAUCUUGGUCUCGAGUCUUCUGAUGAGAUUCCCAGAGAUGAUGAAGAAAAAGUGCCAUUUUGUGAGGAAUUCAUGUGUAAGGCAUGCUCUGAAGUAUGUUCUUUUCUAAAACUAUAUCCUGAAGGAAUAUUGGCAACAAGAAGGAAGCCAGAGGCACCUGUCCAAGUUAGCAAGGACAAAAGUGUUUUGGAAGACAAUCCUUCAACCUGCGAGUCUGAAAAGCCAAUUGGUGAUACUUCUUCAUGUAGCUCUGCUAAAAUUGAUGAUGCACAAGUUACUGCUGACUCUGAAUCCGUAUCUGGUGGGAAGGGUCUGCCUCUGGGAGGAGAUUGUUGUAACAGUGUGACUUUAAAUCAAUGUUCGGAAAGCUCUAAUAAGCAUGCUAGUUGUCUCCUUGGUGUGAACCUUGUUGCUGCUUCCCCAGCUAUUUAUGGUAAACCAAUGUUCCUUUCCAAAAAUUGGAGAGAUGCACUAUGCAAAUGUGAUAACUGUCUAGAGUUUUACAAUCAGAAGCAGAUUGCUUUUCUACUUGACAAGGAAGAUACAAUUUUGGAGUAUGAGAAAAUGGCCCAACAAAAGAGACAAGAAAAUUUGCAGCAACAGGAAGUUGCUGACUUAGGUUUGUUUAAUAACCUUGGACAUGUCGCGAAAGUGGAGAUCUUGAAGGGAAUUGAAGAUAUGAAAGAUGGGCUUCGUACUUUCCUGGAGUCCGCAGACACGUCAAAGCCAAUUAGUGUUGAUGAUGUCCACCAGUUUUUUGAUGAGAUGAAGAAAAAGCGUCGCCGUGUUCAGUGAGUUUUUGUAGUCCUAGCACUUGAAAGACGUUAUGGUCGAAACUUCCAGACUGUUUUAGGGGUUAUUUGUAUUAACAUUAUUAGGUCUGCAUGUUUAUGUUUUAUGAUACUUAUAUUACGAUGCUUUACCUGUACAACUAUUUGACGUAAUAGACUAUUUUGAAGUUGAUACUUAAUCGCAUUAGUUUUAUUA